AUGGGGAGAUGAUAUGGGGGGACACAAGGACAUGGGUGGGACACGAGGACACAGAGGGGACACAGAGACUUGGCAGCGCCGGCAACGCAGCGCCGGCUCCGAUUGGCUGAGCCUCAGCGCGCAGGAGCGGCCGCUGGGAGCCAGCUGGAGGCGGCACGGCUCUCCUCACAGAGCGCUGCUCCCGCAGCUCGGGCCGCCCCGCACGGGAGCGCCGCUGCAGCCGCUGUGCGUUGGAGCUCUCCGGGCAGCAGCGAGACGGAAAGCGCGGCACAAGGGAGCGGGUGCUGAGGGCAGCUCCGCCGGAGAUGAGUGGGAUAACGGCACCGGGACAGGGAAUAGAACCCUGCGCGGCCCCAGCCACACUGCCCUCCUCUCCACUACUGCUGUUUCUGGGUGCUCAGUUCUCAGAGGGGGAUGGGAGGAGCUGCAUUCUCCAGGGGUCUUUGCGCCUGGAAAGGGGUUGGUGAAGCUGCCUGGCCAACCUGGAGUGCCUUUCUUCAUUUGCUGCAGAGAAGCACGUGGUCCCCCUGCAGCUUACAGAGCUGGUGGGCCUGUGGACCUGCUGUCCCCCUGUCAUGGACGCAGAUCCAUAGAUAACUCCGUGACAGCUCCUUUCAAGUAUUGGAAGGCCACAGUGAGGUCUCCCAGAGCCUUCUCUUCUCCAAGCUAAACAAGCCCAGUCCCCUCAACGUUUCUUCAUAGGAAAGGUGCUCCAGCCUGCUGAUCAUCUUGGUGGCCCUCCUCUGAACUCGUUCCAAUAGCUCCGCAUCUUUCUUGUACUGAAGGCCCCAGGAUAUGGGGCUGUAGGAGGCUGUGGGGGGAUACAGGCGGGCUGUGGAGAGCUGUUGGGGGAUAUUGGGAGAUAUGGGGCUAUAGGGGAUGUAUAGGGGGCUAUGGGGCUAUGGGGUGCUGUGGGGGGCCAUGGGGUGAUAUGGGGCUAUAGGGGGCUGUUGGGGGCUACAGGAAGGGAUGUGGAGCUAUAGGAGGUUAGGGGGGUCUGUAAGGGUGGAUAGGGGUGUAUGGGGCUAUAGGGGAUGUGGGGCUAGAAGGCUUUCGCUUCUUUUCCCUUCCUUCCUUUCCCUUCCCACUUCUCCCUGCAUUUCCCUCCCCUUCUUUGUCCUCCCCUCCCCUUUCCUUCCCUUCCCACUACACCCCACAUUUCCCUUCCUUUCCAUUCCCUUCUGUAUCUUGUUAUUUUAGGAACACUUUAAGCCUUGGAGUGCUUUACUGAGAAUGUUUCUUCCCGCAGUCUGUCAUUUCAUGGCAGGGUGGGUGAAAUGCUAGUCACGGAAAUUUAAAUUAGAAUUGAAGUUGUAUUGGAAUAGAAUAUGAUUGUUUUGUGGUCUUAAAUCUGAAAUGUGUUUUCUCCUUGGGCUUUAGGUACAGCAAUUGUUUAAUAAUGACUUUGGAGAAGUUUUCAGUAUUCAGUCUCCUCAAAAGGAAGAAAGAAGGCUUCUGGAGGACUUAAUCAUGAGUCAAGCUGCCGCUAAAUCUCCACUUCCAAAAGGAAAGCGUGUGAGGACAUUGUGCAUCUAAUCAUUAAUGGUGAUGGACACAGGCUGAGAGAGCUGGGGCUCUUGAGCCUUAAGAAGUGAAGGCUCUGGGGGAGACCUGAUAGCAGACUUCCAGUACCUGAAGGAGGCCUGCAGGAAAGCUGGGGAGGGACUUUUUAUAAGGGCAGGUAGUGACACGAUGAGAGGAAAUGGCUUUAAACUGG